UAAUCCACACCUAGUCUCACUCUCUAUAUCCCCCUUUUCCCCUUUCCUCUAAGUAAACUUUCCUCGCCGGAAAUAUACAGUUUCCCAUGAAAUCCGGCGGCCGAAAAGUCAUGGGUGGUGGCGGAAACACCGGCGUGUUCUCCAUCCUCGGCAUCCUUAUAUUUGUCUUCCUCUUCGCUGUGUUCAUGUACGGCGAAGACAUCCGGUACAUCGCAAAUCUCUCCUUCUUCUCUUCCUCCGACGAAUCCGCUGAAAUCAAACAAGUGUCUGCGAAGGAAAACAAUCCGCUUCAUUCCCCGCCGGCGGCGGUGGCGUUGAGCCGGCCUAAAACGUGUAACAUCUUCGUCGGUGAGUGGGUAUUGGACAACACAUCCCGGCCACUGUACAAGGAGGAUGGCUGCCCUUUCCUCAGCACGCAAGUCAGUUGCAUGAUGAACGGCCGGCAAGAUGAUACGUAUCAGAAAUGGAGAUGGCAGCCAAGGAGCUGCUCUUUACCUCAAUUUGAUGGAAGGAUGCUCCUGGAGAAACUAAGGGACAAGCGGCUGAUGUUCGUGGGGGAUUCGUUGAAUCGGAACCAGUGGGAGUCCAUGGUUUGUCUGCUAUACUCCGCCGUGCCAGACGGCGAGAAAUCUUACGCCUACAAUAACUCCCUCAUCAUCUAUCGAAUCCAAGGGUACAACGCGACGGUAGAGUUCUACUGGGCGCCGUUUCUAGUGGAGUCGAACUCCGACGACCCCUUAGCUCACAGCAUCACAGAUCGGAUAAUUAUGGCGGAUUCCAUCGACAAACAUGCAAAGUAUUGGAGAGGAGUUGAUUACUUAAUAUUCAAUACUUAUAUUUGGUGGAUGAACACAGCAAAUAUCAAAGUCCUACGUGGAUCGUUCGAUGAGGGAUCAAAGUUGUAUGAUGAGAUCGAACGGGCGACGGCAUACGAAAGGGUGUUGAGAACUUGGGCACGGUGGGUGGAGGGAAACGUGGAUUCGGAGAAAACCACCGUUUUCUUCAAUAGCAUGUCUCCUCUUCAUAUAAGGCCGGUCGACUGGGGCAACCCGGCUGGGGUUAAGUGUGCGAUGGAGAAGCUGCCAAUAAUGAACUAUGCCGGUCCAAUUAAUGUCGGCACGGACCGGCGAUUGCAUGUGGUGGCGGCCAAUUUGACCAGAUCAAUCCGCGGGUUAGUGGUGACCUUUAUUGAUAUCACCGGUCUAUCGGAGUAUCGUAAAGAUGCACACACGUCAGUGCACACGGUUCGGCAAGGAAAGCUUUUAACGGCCGAGCAAAAGGCCCAACCGUUGGUCUAUGCCGAUUGUAUUCAUUGGUGCCUACCGGGUCUGCCGGAUACCUGGAACGAGCUUCUAUAUGCACGAAUUGUGCCUAACACAUGACGAUGAUAAAGUUGGGCUGGCCGGUGAAUGAGCGGGUCUGACGCACGUGCCAAUUUGCUUCUUCCAAAUUAUAUAGUCUUUUUUAUUUUUUUUUUAAUAAACUUUAGGAUGUACCACUUGUUUGUUGAUUUUUUUUUAAAAAAAAUUAAAUUUUGAAGUGCAAAGUUGAUGAGGUUGGGGUUGUUGAAGGAACCGAUGGGAGCCCAAGUUGGCACGUUUGUGCCUCUAAGUUGGGUACAGUUUUUUAUUUCUGAAAGGAGAAGAAAAAUAGUGGAAUAAAAUAA